UCCAGCGCGCGGCGCGCUCCCCCUGAAGGGGGCGCUAGUCCGUCGGUCGUCGAGAAUCUCGGGUCCACAAAGAGAAGCGGCGGCACGAUAAAAUGGCUUCCAGCUGGCCGGUCCCAGCUGCCGAGCUCUCCUGCCCGGUCUGCCAGAAUGUCUUCAGAGAUCCGGUUCUGCUUCCGUGCAGCCACAGCUUCUGUAACGACUGCGUGCGUUGCUGGUGGAGGACGAAAAAGAUACGCCAGUGUCCCGUCUGCAAGGCGGUGUCGUCUCCGUCUAACACGCUGCCUCGGAACCUGGUGUUGAAGAAUCUGUGCGAGGCUUUCUUACUGGAGGUGGAGUCCGGGGUCGUCUGCCGCCUGCACACCGAGAAGCUGAAGCUGUACUGUCUGGACCACCGGACGCCCGUGUGUCUUGUCUGCAGGGACUCCAGGCAGCACAGGGACCACAGAUUCACACCCGUGGAAGAAGCCGCGGAGAUCUACAGAGAUGACCUCGUGGAAAGCCUGAAGCCUUUACGGGAGAAAGUGAAACUCUACAAUGAAGUGAAAGCGAAAUGGGAGAAGACGCAAGAAGGCAUCCGGAAUCAAGCCCAGGACACAGAGAUGAAGGUGAGGGAGGAGUUCAGGGUGCUGCGGGAGUUCUUGGAGACGGAGGAGGAGGUCAGGAUCGCGGCACUGAAGGAAGAAGGGGAGCUUAAAAGAAAGGUGAUGCAGGACAAGAUUGCCUGUUUGACCAGACAAAUAAACGCUCUGGAAAGUACCAUUAAAACCACAGAAGAAGGGCUGACACAGGAAGACACGUCGUUCCUGUUAAAAGCCAGUGCUUUAAAGGAAGAAGCUCAGCGCCCCCUGCCGGAUGACCCACAGCAGGUCACGGGGGCUAUGAUCGACGUUGCCAAAUACCUGGGAAAUAUGAGCUUCAGCGUCUGGUGCAAAAUGAAGGAGAUAGUGUCAUACACCCCUGUAAUCCUGAACCCCAACACCGCCCAUGAAGAGCUCCACCUGUCGGAGUGUUUGACCAGUGUGAGAUGUGGGCCAGCGCAGCCGCUUGCUUCAACCCCAGAGAGGAUGGAGCAGCACCGCUGCGUCCUGGGGUUUGAGGGCUUCAGCGCAGGGAGUCACAGAUGGGACGUGGAGGUUGGAGACAGUCCAGUAUGGGCCCUGGGUGUGAUAGCACAGGAUGCUCAGAGGACGGGAAACAUCCUGUCUGGGUUAUGGAUGGUGAGGUUCUGUCACGGUAAAUUCCAAGCAUUCUGCCCAUCACGUCCAGUCUCUCUCCUCCCCCUGAAGGACAGGCCUCAGAGGGUCACAGUGCACCUGGACUGGGAUGAAGGGACGCUGUCCUUUUCCGAUCCGGAUGCUGACACAGUUAUACACACCUUCAGACACACAUUCACCAAAAAACUCUUUCCCUACGUCAACACCUGGAAUGACCUCCCACUGAAGAUAUUACCCCUGAAACUGUCUGUAAUGAUGACAUAGCUGUUAGAGAAUGACAGACAAGAGGAUAAAUGAUUAAGAACCAAUAAGAGAAUUAAGGUGAAAAUGAUUUCGUGAUGGAUUUAUUGAUUUGUCUUGUAAGACAGAUUUUUGUUUCAACUUUGUUUUUUGUUUUUUUAAAUCUCUGUGAGGUUGUCAUUGUAGCAACAAAAGUAAUUUGAUAAAUAACAUAUUUGGAAAAUGAAGGUUGUGAAUACUGCAACAUGAAAAACCUUUGUUGGCCUAAAUUGUAGAAAUAUUAGCAGUAUUUAAUGGUAAUUAAAGUAUGGUCAGAGAUGUGUUCAAUGUAAAAUAUACUAAAAAUGACCAAGUAAUUGAAAGCAUAGUGAGAGUGUCCUGUUAUAACUAUAUUAAUACUGUCAAAGUGCGAAACUGCAGAAGUAUGAGUGUUCUUAACAGUGAUCAUGCACUGUCAAGGUGUUAUUCAGCCAUACUGCCAAGGCUACACAGGGGACCUUUUCCCACCAACCAACUGACAGCAAUUAAAUGUAACUUUGUAAGUUGCAAAGUUUGUCACUUUUGUUGUAUUUGUAUUUUCCUUUAUCUUGCACUUCGUUGAAGUUUGUUGUGGUAUCUUGGUGGUCAGGUAAUUCAGCACUGAACAGUGCAGUGCACAUACAAUUUUGAUUGAUUGUAAUUUUUCUGCUUUCUCUGCCGAACUGUUAGACUGUCUUUUAUAUUUCAAAAAUCAAAAUGUUUUUGGUUUGUUAAGAUUUGACAGUUAUUUGGUAUGUAAGCAUUUCAAAUCUUUGCCCUCUCUUGCACCAUGGUUGCCUUAUUAAAACCUCUUCCACCUCUAU